AUGGGCAUGCAAAAACUAGUGGCAGUGGCUGUGGCGGUGGCACUGGUAUCUCUUAUCCUGAAUAAUGUGGCUGCCUUCACUCCAAACUGGGUGUACCAAACCAUGGAGGAAGGACGUAAGCGUACUGUUGGGCUGUGGAAGAUGUGCUUGUCAGGAAGAGGGGUAAGCACCCGGCCCGGACAGUCAGAUGAGAGAGUGUGCCAGUCAGUUGGCUGGGGGUCAGAGCCAUCUGGCUUGCAGGAAUCUCGGAACACAGUCAAGUUGCAGUUUGACAUGAUGAGGGCCUGUAAUCUGAUUGCCACAGUUGCCCUGACUGCCGGACAGCUCAUCUUCCUCUUGGGACUUGUGGAACUGCCCAUUAUUACCCAGGAUUCCCAGUGGUGGGAAGAAGCCAUCGCUGCUGUAUUUCAACUUGCAAGUUUUGUUCUGGUCAUUGGAUUGGUGACCUUCUACCGCAUUGGCCCCCACACCAAUUUAUCUUGGUCUUGUUAUCUAGACAUCGGUGCUUGCCUUCUGGCCACUCUGGCAGCUGCUAUCCUCAUAUGGAACAUACUCCACCGGCGCGAGGACUGCAUGGCUCCCCGUGUCAUUGUCAUCAGCCGUACACUGACUGCUCGUUUCCGCAGAGGACUAGACAACGAUUACGUUGAGUCUCCAUGCUGA